GAUCGAGAUCGGGUUCUCCAUUGGGAAACUUCGGUAAUAGUGGCGUCCAAAUCGUCUUUCACCGGCUUUCCCUAUGCUGCCGAAGAUAACGCUGAUGGCUGGGAUACGAGGGUCUCCGGGCUGCAGAACCGUUGUGACCCAUUACGGCUCCCCGGGCACGCCUAGUACCUGACAGGCGAUGAUCUACAACCGGAAAAACCGCCGUGCAUGCUUGCUCAGCUUUGAUAAGGCCGACUUUACUGCACGCUGAGAGAUUCUAACUUCAUCCUUUGACGCUGCUUUUCACGCAGCCGAUAACAUUGGCCAACUUUUGACUUGCCCCGCAACUACUAUCAUCAUGUCUUCCAUGGAACCAAAUAAGCCGCAGCCGCCUGUCGACGGCGAGGCUGACCAGAGUAACGGCUAUCAUGUCGUCGAAGAACCGCAAUCUUCCGGCGCCAGCAGCGCCGAUGACCAAAGUUUUUCUCCGACGUCCAAAAUGAUGGCUACAGCACUUCAGGUGGAGCGAAAUGACUAUGUCGACCUGGUGCCCACCAAAAGGAAGCGGGUGCACUCGAUGGAGGGGUUUGACGAUAUCUACACCGACAUAGUCGACUAUAUCAUACGAUGUACGCACAAGAUCUGGGACGAACGUGACAUCGGUUUGAUCUACACGCACUAUACUCAUAAUUGCGUAUUGUACGGCACCAUGGGGACCAUCUACGACCGAGAGUCCGUGGUGCGAGAUACGAUUCAACGACUCGUGUCGUUUCCGGAGCGGCGUGGUAUGGCAACCCAGGUGCUGUGGAAUGGUGACGACAAGCAAGGCUUCUACACUUCACAUCUUGUGACCGGUUCAGGCCGGCACACGCAAUUUGGUCAUUGGGGUCCCGCGACUGGAAGAACGUAUGUGUCUCGCACGAUUGCCGACUGCAUGAUUUAUCGAAACAAAAUCUAUCGCGAAUGGGUCGUGUCCGACAAUAUGGCCAUCGUGAAGCAAUUAGGAUUGGACCCUAACACGUUCGCCUAUGAUGCUGCCAAAACCCUGUUCGACAAGGGGCUCGAGGCCGUCGACAUUGGCGAAGAUCGGCGACUGCCUGGCCAGGCGCCCCCUGAAGUUGAGGCUGACACCUCGAUUGCACAUAACGAAAUCGAGGUCGAGACCUUGAAAUGGCUAUACGAGGUAUUCAACCGCCGCAUGUUUGGCCGUAUCACGAAAGUGUACAGUCCCAAUUGCCAAUACCAUGGACCGAAGAUGAUCGAGCUCUAUGGACCCGCCGCUGUUCUGCAUCAGCAUCUCGGUCUCUUAGGGUCCAUUCCCGAUGCCGGAUACUUCCCACAGCAUAUCUGUUCCAAUCCUUGCGAGGAAGGCGGUGUCAAGGUCGCGGUCCGCUGGGUCAUGGAAGGCCACCACUUGGGAUAUGGCAUUCUCUCGGAGCUGGGAAAACCAACUGGUCAACGACUCCAGAUCAUGGGUAUGACGCACUAUCACUAUAAGAAUGGCCGAAUCGUUGAUGAGUGGAAUGUGUACUGCGAGCUGUCUUUACUUAUGCAGAUCAAGCUCGGCGAGUUGGCUCAAAAGGCGAAGAAGCCAUAGAUUUGAAGAGUAAUACUGGCUCAGAUAUGCAGAUAGGAGGAAUGUGAUGUCUGACCCAUCUGAA